GCAGGUCGCGCAAUCGAGCGCGUGUGCGCAGGAGCAGACGGCGCGGGCAUGGUGUCGGCGGCGCGCGCGCUCCUCGCCGCAGUUACCAGGGUGCUACUACUCGCAGACAUGGUCGUCGUACGACAAUUACUACUGGCUAAAGAUAAGGUUGCGCGUUCCUUGGACCGGUUGGAGUCGGUCUCGAACUUCGCGGAGUUCGUGCGCGCAUUCACGGAGUUCGGGGGCGGUAUGGUGGAGCUAGCGAGACUGACGGCGGAGAGGCGAGCAGACCUGCGCGACGAGAGAAGAAGAGCACAAGUAGCAGCCGCCAGAAACGUCCUUGAACGAUCCACACUGAUGCUACUCACUUCCUCGAAGACGUGUAUGAGGCAUCCAACGAGCGCAUCGGCACGCGAGAACCGAGACACGGUGUUCUGUCAGAUGCGACGAGCCAUGGACCUCAUCCACUACGUCGUGAGGGACGGCCUGCCCGGCCACGAGGAACAAUCCCACGAGAUGAAACCUUUCUCGGAUAGUCAUGAACAGGCUGCGCAAUGGGAAGCGGGCACGGCUCUGGGCGCGCUGCGUGGUCUAACGGGGCAGGUGAGAACCGCGCGCGCGCGCGGUGGCGCCGACAUCACGCGCCGACGCUCGCUCGCCUCCACGCUGCGCGCGCUCGUCGAGCGCACGCACGAUUUUACAGACUCCGCAUAUACCUCGCAUGAACAUAGACAACGGAUACUAGCCCUCGCUGAAAGAAUAGCUUACGAAUUGGAGAGACUAGUUGCUGUCGCUGUUUCACUGGAAGAGCAAGGUGCCAGUGGUACUGCAACAGCACUCGAGAGUGCUUGCACAGGCGCGACCAGCGCCGCAUCGGAGCUUGAACGCGCGCUAGUUGCUGCAGCGCGCGAUCAAGCGCGAGAUCUCGCCCCCCUCGCGGACGAAGCGAAGAGACUCGCCUCCGACCUAGCAUAUAUAGCUAGUUCCUGUGGUGAGAGAGAAUCAGAGAGACUGCACAAUAUAGCCAGCCGGCUCCAUGAACAAUUAGAUCACAUUAUAGAGGUUUGCAAAUUAUUAAGGCAUAUAGCCUUGUCGGAGACUUUGCAAGUCAGUGCAAAGUUUGCAGAAAUAAAUCUUAGGAUAUACGGUCCGCAAGUGGUGACGGCUGCGCGGACGCUGGCGGCUCACCCCGGCAGUACGGCGGCGCGGGAGAACCUCGACGUGUUCGUAGACAUGUGGGCGUGGCUGCUGGCCGACGCAGCACGCCUAGCGCGCGAACUCCUCGACCUCACCGAUGACAGACCUGACAAACAGCAGUAUAGCAGUUUACCGAGGCCUGGGAAACACGGGACUACAAGCAAGCCUCUGAAAGCAGUAAGGUUGGAUUCUGACGAGCAAGCAAAAAUCGCAAAAUCCGGCUUAGAAAUGAAAAUGAUGUCCUCUGAAAUGGAUGCCGAGACUGAAAAAUGGCAGGGCGCAGCUGCCGACGAGAACAACGACAUUGUGAAGAGGGCAAAAAAUAUGUCUUCCAUGGCCUUCGCUAUGUACCAAUUCACAAAAGGUGAAGGCCGUCUAAACACUACUCAAGACCUCUUCACACAAGCGGAAUAUUUCGCAGAGGAAGCCAAUAGACUUUAUAAAAUAGUGCGACAAUUUUCUUAUCAGGUGCCUGCGGGAGCAACAAAAAAAGAACUGCUAGAGCAUCUUGAUAAGGUGCCGACGUAUGUGCAACAGCUACAGUUCACAGUGAAGGAGCCGACGGUGGGCCGCGCAGCCACCUUCAGCAAAGUAGACAACGUCAUACAGGAGACCAAACAUCUCAUGAACGUUAUUAGUAAAGUCGUCACUACAUGUUUCGACUGCGCCAACAAGUACAACCUGGACUUCACGGGUCUUACGGCGGGAGGUGCAAGCGCUGGCGGGCGCGGCACAGCACGAGACGAGGACGCAGGCGGAGGAGUCGGCGGCGACGCCAAGCCGGGGGGGAGUAGCUCGGAUACAGCCAUGUGA